AUGACGAACCCGUCCCAGCUCUUCCUCCUCGCAGAUCAUAUCAAAUUAUCACUUCUAGAACGACAGCGCGCUGUCUCUCUCGACCUAGAACCCAACGCACAAGAUGGCGAGAUUUCACGCUCCCUGGAAUCCCUCCGAGAAGGCAUCACCUCCGUAGAAGCCGAGCAAGCCCGACUCGCCGAAUCGCACGACAGCGCAGGCGCCGCCGCCCUAAAAGACCAGCUCGCACCACUGCAUGAGCAACUCCGCGACCUCACCUCCCAAUUCUACGGCGACGGGUCAAGUUCCACGCAGGCGUCGAACUCAGCCACGCCAGAUCUUAAACAACCUGUUCCACAACACCCGUCAUCCAAGUCUGUGCGAUUCAUGGACAACUCGGCCGCGGCCGCCGCGGUACAAGAUGAGAUUGACGAAGAGGAAGACCGGAACAGAUCGCAUCUUUUCCGCCCGUAUCGGGAUGAACCGUCGCCCAGCGUCGACCAGUCCAAUAUGUCCAAUGAGCAGAUCUAUCUGCACCACGACCAGGUCAUGCGCGAACAGGAUGAUCAACUCGAUCAGCUGGGUCAGUCAAUCGGCCGCCAGCAUGAGCUGAGUAUCCAGAUUGGGGAUGAGUUGGACGGCCAUGUUGCGCUGUUGGAUGGGUUGGAUGGGGACGUAGAUCGGCAUCAGGGCCGGUUGGAUGGUGCCCGGCGGCGGCUGAAUCGCAUUCGGCGCAAGGCCGGUGACAACUGGAGCAUGAUGACUAUUGUCGGGUUGAUAAUUAUCCUGGUCAUUUUGAUUGUGAUUCUGAAGUAA